GACUUCGAGCCUUCGCCAUCAUUUUCGAGCCGGAUCUGGCUAUACAACCAGAUCGGCGAGACCAAGCCUUGGGACGCCGAAUUGCCAACCGAAGUCGAAUCACAAUGGAAUAAUUUUACGAAUUACAUAUCCGACUUAAUCUCAAUUGAAAUCCCGCGCAGGGUCUUAUGUGACUCCUACGUCAGGUUAGAGAUGCAUGCAUUCAGUGAUGCAUCUAUCAAGGCAUAUUCAGCCUGUGUUUACCUUCGAUCUGUUACAAUGGAUGGAGACGUCACUGUUAAUCUACUAUUGGCAAAGAGUAGGGUCGCCCCUCUCAAACAGCGGCUAACCAUACCGAGGUUCGAGCUCUGUGGUGCUCUACUAGCUACAAGGUUAGCAAAGAAGGCGAAGGAAUCACUUCGCUUGGAAAUCGAUGUUCAGCAUUUUUGGUGUGAUUCAACGAUCGUUUUGAGCUGGAUUAAGACAUGCAAACAAACUUUAAAACAAUUCGUGUGUAAUAGAAUCACUGAAAUCACUAACAUCUCAGAGCCUAACGAUUGGCAUCAUGUUCCAACAGAACUUAAUCCAGCAGACAUAGGCUCUCGUGGGCUCAACGCUACACAACUAAAGGGCUCUACCUUAUGGUGGCGAGGUCCGCAUUUCUUAAAUCAAGUGGAUAUCCAGUGGCCCAUGCAACCGCAAGGCAUGAAACUUGAAGAACUACCUGAAAUCAAGGUCCAAUGUAAUGUCACGACCGAGCAAACCGACGAAAUUACAAAUAAGUAUUCGGAUUUUCCUAAAUUGCAACGCAUUGUUGGCUACCUUAAAAGAUUCAUCCAUAAUUGCCGACUUCCAGGGAACAAAUCAAUCGGAGCUUUGCAAUUGUCUGAGCUUGAUUUGGCAACAAAAACACUGUGCGCAAUGUCACAAAAAACAUGCUUCCUUAAGGAAUUUCGUGUCUUAAAAAAUAAAGGGUCUCUGCCAUCUAAGAAUAAACUGUUGCAUCUGAAUCCAUUUCUCGAUGAUUCUGGCCUAAUUCGAGUAGGAGGCAGGUUGUGCAAUGCGAAUUAUGAUUACGACACUAAACAUCCAAUUCUGCUAGACGGGUCUCAUCCCAUCACUAAAUUAAUCUUUAAAAAUUAUCAUCGACUUUUAUUACAUGCAGGACCUCAGCUGUUAUUGUCAACCUUGCGUCAUAAAUAUUGGAUCAUCAACGGCCGAAAUCUUGCAAGAAAAACAGUUCAUGAGUGUAUUACUUGCUGUAGGUUCUCAGAAAAAACAUUUCAGCCCAUUAUGGGGAAUCUUCCUAAAGCAAGACUCGAGGCAGAUCAUCCAUUCUGCCACACGGCGGUAGACUACGCUGGACCGAUAAUGAUAGCAAACAGGAAAGGUAGAGGGUGUAAGCUCAUUAAGGCUUACAUCUGUGUAUUUGUAUGUCUCACAGUCAAGGCAGUGCAUCUGGAACUUGUCACAGAUUUGUCUGCUAAAUGUUUCAUUUCAGCAUUAAACAGGUUUGUGGCCCGGCGAGGUAAGCCUUCCAACAUAUAUUCCGACAACGGCACGAACUUUGUAGGAGCUAAUCACGAAUUAAGAACCUUUUUGAAACAAUGUAGAAAGGAUGUAAUAUCCUAUUCAGCAGAAACUGAGAUAAAGUUUCACUUCAGUCCAGCAUACAGUCCUCAUUUCAACGGCAUGGCGGAGGGUUCGGUAAAGUCCAUAAAAUAUCAUUUGAAACGAGUGCUUGGCCUAGCACACUUAAACUUCGAGGAAAUGUAUACUGUGUUGGUCCAAAUAGAAGGAAUCCUAAACUCAAGGCCUAUCACCCCCUUAUCUUCGGAUCCCUCUGAUCUCAUCCCUCUCACUCCUUCCCACUUCUUAAUCGGACGGACAUGCACGAUGCUACCGGCUGCCCCGGUGGAAGACAAGCCAAUUUCAUCACUAACAAGAUUUAAGAGGAUCGAACAACUCAAGGCACAUUUUUGGAACCGUUUCUACAAGGAAUACAUAUCCGAGCUCCAGCAGAGGAACAAAUGGCGCACAAUUGGAGAGCAGCCACAAACAGGGGAACUUGUGCUAGUGAAGGACGAUCGAUUACCCCCAAAUCGAUGGCUGCUAGGCAGAGUCACGGCUGUAUACCCCGGCACGGACGGGGUCAAUAGAGUGGCAGAUGUGAUCACGAGGGCCGGGACGCUCAGAAGAGCGUACAACCGGUUGUGCCCUCUUCCACUCUUGGAACAGACCGUUCCAAGGGGGGGACCAUGUUGA